GGCCCCGCCCCUGGCAGAGGCGGAAGUGCAGCUACCCUGAGGCGUCUCUUGUAGCCUCGGACUACUCAGUCUAGCCGCACCCCUGGGCCCAUGGCCGCCUACCCCUACCGCCCAGGCCCCGGGACCGGCCCGGGCCCCGGCCCAGCCGUGGGCGCGGCGCUGCCGGACCAGAGCUUCCUGUGGAACGUCUUCCAGAGGGUUGAUAAAGACCGGAGCGGCGUGAUAUCCGACAAUGAGCUUCAGCAAGCACUGUCCAAUGGCACCUGGACUCCAUUUAAUCCUGUGACUGUCCGGUCAAUCAUAUCAAUGUUUGAUCGUGAGAACAAGGCUGGCGUGAACUUCAGCGAAUUCACAGGCGUCUGGAAGUACAUCACAGACUGGCAGAAUGUCUUCCGUACCUACGACAGGGAUAACUCGGGAAUGAUUGACAAGAACGAGCUCAAGCAAGCACUUUCAGGUUUUGGCUACCGGCUCUCGGACCAGUUUCACGACAUCCUCAUUCGAAAGUUUGACAGACAAGGACGGGGACAGAUUGCCUUUGACGACUUCAUCCAGGGCUGCAUCGUCUUGCAGAGGUUGACAGAUAUAUUCAGACGCUACGAUACGGAUCAGGAUGGCUGGAUUCAGGUGUCAUAUGAACAGUAUCUCUCCAUGGUCUUCACCAUCGUAUAACACUGGCCUUUUACAAACGGCAACAUGACUAUGGAAAGACUGAAAAUGCCAAAUCUCUCACCAUUAACGAAACGAAGCACGGAUGCAGUAGGCACUGCUCUUCCUUUAGACUUUAUAUAAUUAACAUUCUGGGACCCACCUGUACAUAUGUGGAUAAGCUGAUUAGCAUUUUUCCAGUUGUAACAAUAGUCAUAUUGUUAUUCAGAUACAGGCAUUUGAUUUGGGACGGUUUAAUUGUGCCAUGAGGUAAGAGAAAAUAAUGUUUCAGGAAUUCUGCAUGUAAAACAUUCAUCAUGUGCUUUUCUAUGUAGCUCCAGUUCUAUAGCAGAAAUACUUUUAUUAGCAAAUAGGAAUUUUAAAAUAAUACAGAACUUGCACAGAAGGCUUUUCAUGUGCCUUACUUUUUAAAAAGGGGGGUUAUUGUAUUCAUUUGAAUAUGCCACGUAGGCAAUAAAGCAAUGUACCCCUUGUCCCAGUUCAUCUCUGAUGUGCUCAUGAGGGGAGCUUCGAGGGGUUCGGGACACCUUUGGGUCACUUUUGGGUGUCUGCACAACUCACUAGUGGAAAUGCUUAUAUACGACUUGUCCUAUUAUAGGAGGUUGUUUAAAUUUCUUAAAACUUUUUUGGACAUAAAAAUCCAAAUGUA